UUAAAGAGAUUUUACAAGAAGAGCCAAAACCAGAAGAUAGUCUUCCACUGACUUUAGAAAAGAAAUGGUUCAAAGCUUGUAUGGAUGAAGACAAAAUUGAGCAAAAAGGACUAGAGCCAUUAGUGGAUAUCAUUGGAAAAAUCGGUGGUUGGCCACUCGCAAUGGGCUCCAAUGUUUCAAAAAAUCAUGAAAUACCUUGGCAAAAUGUUGCGCAGUAUUAUGCAAAACUUACGGGUGGAUUCAGUUUGUUCAAUGUCUUUCUCCACUUUGAUGUUCCGAACAAUUCCAGCGUUCAGACUUUGGUGAUUGACAGACCGAAAAAUGCACUUAUUUAUAAAUGGGCCUUGAUUAAUAAAUAUAAACUUUUAAAUAACAAAGCAACCAGUCAUGCUUACAAUGAUGAUGAACUUCAUAAGAUAAUAUCAUUGUUAUAUGAUGAUGAUGAUGAAGAAGAUAGUACUGAUGAUAAUCAUAGUGAUAAUCAUGAUAAUGAAAUUGCUGAUUAUAUGAAAAAAAUUGUCUUUGAAUAUGCAGAAGUGACAGGAGAGAAACCUAAUAAUGUUUCUUCGAAUAUAUUACAACUAUUAAAGUUUGAAGAAUCUUUAAAAGAGAUAAAAAAUCUUCGGUCAGUAGCAGCCUAUUUAGAGCUGCAAAACAUAAGAACAAUAUCAGAGUUCCAAGAAUAUUAUAAUCUCGAAAAUCUUGAAAAUACAACAUCAAGGAUCAAUUGGCUUGAAAUGAUACAAGUGUUAUUUGAUGAUACUGGAAUAGAGAUUCAUGGAUCACAAAACAUUACAGUACGCAAGAGGUCAUAUUUUCACAAAUUAGCUCGACUUUUGAAUAGAACGCCUAAUCGAAUAAUUGUGGAUCACAUUCAUUGGAGUUUUGUGCAUGAUGUUCUUAAAUAUUUGGAUAAAAAAACGAGACAAUGGAUCACAGACAAGGAUAAUGCUGCGUAUGGUAUUAAAAAAGAAUUAGCAAGGUGGGAACACUGCAUUAAAAAAAUGCCUAUCGUCGAGGGUAUUUCUUACGAAUUCGUAAAAGUUCAUUUUACAGACACAAAAAAGGAGAAUAUUGUAGGUAUAGUGGAGGAAAUUCGAAACGAAAUCGACUUUGAAAUUUCAAGCGCAAGUUGGAUGGAUGAAAAAUCAAAGUCCUAUGCCAGGAACAAGCUUAAGGCUUUGAAAAUAAAAAUUGGCUAUCCAGAAUGGUACAAACAAGAAGAAAUGUUUAGUAAUUACUACUAUGGACUCAAAGUGGGUCCAGAUUAUUUUACGAAUUUCAUGAAUUAUCUGAAGUUUAUAAAAUGGAAGACUUUGAAGGAAUUUAGGGAACCAUUGAACAAAGAAAAAUGGCCUGAUUCACCAAUCACAAUUAAUGCGAUGUACGUUUUUCCGGGCAAUGUCAUGUUUUAUCUAGCUGGAAUCUCACUUUCACCUCUGUACAAUCCAAGUGCACCAUUGGCACUACGAUAUGGAUUUUCUGGUUUUAUCAUUGGACACGAGAUAUCUCACGCGUUUGCUUACAAGAAUUUCUUUUACAACGAGCAUGGAUAUCUUCAGACGCCGCUGCCUUUUGAAGUAUUUCGUAAAAUCAGAAAAAAGAAUCAAUGUUUCAUAAACCAAUACCAAAAUUAUAAGGUGAACGGAAUUCUUACCGCGGGAGAAAAUAUGGCAGAUGGAGGAGGACUGAUCGCAGCGUUCAAAGUUUACAGAAAAAAAAUUUCUGAUGAAAAAAUAAAAGAUACAAGACUGCCAGGACUAGAAGAUGUCAAUGGCAACGAACUAUUUUUCAUUUCGUUUGCUGCUGCAUUUUGUCAAAGUGCUACACCGGAAUUCUUAGAAAAAAAUAAAGAAGACACCCAUUCGACAUCGCAAGUCAGAAUCAAUGGCGCUGUUUCAAAUUCGGUAGAAUUUUCAGAAACUUUUAAUUGUCCAAAAACGAGUCCUUUAAAUAGAGAUCCUAAGUGUGUUUUUUGGAGCGAGAACUAAAAUUAAAUAAUUAUAAAAAUAAAUGGCAAUUGAGAUGAACAAGUAAAAUAGGUAAAAUAGAAAAGAACAAGGCUGUAUAUGUUUAUAAUGACUGAAAUAAAAGAGUUCUUAAGCUUUAAAA